CUCACGCGAUCACAUGGAACCCCAUUCAUGUAUGAGUUACGUACUUUUCUGUCGUAUCCAAAUGAAACGGGUCCUUUAUUUCCGAAAAUCUUACUUGGGAAUGAAAUUGAGUCUCCAGGAUCAGCUGUGGCCGGCGUCUUGUUCUAAUAAACAAGUAAUGAACCUCAGAAACAGAUGAAGAAUGGAGGGAAUCCUAUUCAAGUGGACAAAUUACAUAAGUGGUUGGCAGCCUCGCUGGUUUGUACUGGAAGGAGGGACUUUGUCCUACUAUGACUCGCAAGAGGAUUCCUGGAAAGGAUGCAAGGGAAGCAUCAAAAUCUCAGUGUGUGAAAUACAAGUCCACUCCUCUGACUUCACACGGGUUGACCUGACCAUCCCUGGAGAACAGUACUUCUACCUCAGAGCCAUCAAUGCAGCGGAGAGGCAGAAAUGGCUGGUCGCAUUGGGAUCUGCAAAGGCCUGCCUCACCGACAACCGAACCAAGAGAGAGAAAGAGCACCAGGAGAACACAGAGGCUCUUAAGACCAAGAUGUCAGAGUUGAGGCUGUACUGUGACCUUCUGCUCCAGCAAGUUAACCAGAUCAAGGACAGUGAGGAGACUGAGGAGGCUGGGGAGAACCCUGGCACCAUGGUGAAAUCUACAUGCACCACCUUCAUCAAGACGUUGGAGGAGUGCAUGCUGAUCGCCAACCGCACCUUCAGCUCAGACCAGGCCACAAAGACCCCACCCGGGUCACCUCCCGUGGCAACCAUCAAACCCCAGAAGGUCAAACCUGGCAAUCAAUCAAAUCAGGAAAAACACAGGGAGUGUAAAGAAAUCUCAGGAGGAUCUGUAACACAUGACAACCAGAGCCUUGACUCUGGAGCAGAGGGACCAGACCAACAAGACGGACCAGACACGCUCCCUGAGAGAACCACCCAAACACCCCCAACAGAAAAUAGCCCAGUCGGCAGGGACCCCCAGGGCCCAGAGGAGUCUGCAGUGGAAGAGGAGGCCACUACCCAAACCACCCACACAGACCCUGACCCAGAACACACCGACCAACCAGCACAGCAGGAAGAGGAGGAGGAGGAGGAGGAAUUCAAAGAGGUGGAGCAGGAAAUGAGCAACGCCCAAGAAGAAGAGAAACAGGAAGUGACCCAGAACCAACAGGAAGCUGUCACUGACCAAGAGGAAGCCAAGCUGGAGGAGGAGCAGCCUGCCCAGCCACAGGGAGAAGAAGAGGAGACAGAGCAGGUGGACACAUUCUUCAGUACGAUGAGUCACAGAUUUAGUGAUAUAAGACUGGACGGUGACAGUGGUAUUCCUACACAAGCCUUUCUGGACUCAUGCUAUGCAAUAGUGCCUGUAUUAGACAAACUAGGAUCCACAGUAUUUGGUCCAGUAAAAAUGGAUUUUACAGGCAACAUCAAGAAGAUCCACCAGAAGCUGUCGUCGGACCCAGGCAGCUUCCCCACACUGCAGACCAUAGUGCUCCACGAGGUGCAGACCGGCGUGGCCCGCGUCCGUAACUCAGCCACCGAGGCCCUGCUGUGGCUCAAACGAGGACUCAAAUUCCUCAAGGAGUUCCUGUCCCUGGUCAACUCUGGGGAAAGGGAUAUCCCAGGAGCGCUGGGUAAUGCUUAUGGACGGAGUCUGCGGCAGUAUCAUGGAUGGGUUGUGCGAGGUGUAUUUGCUCUGGCCCUCCGAGCAGCGCCAUCAUACAGCAGCUUCGCGGCGGCUCUGGUGUCCAGAGAGGGGGAGGAACUGAAAGAAGGAUUCUACACAGGCAUGCACCGGGACCUGGGGGUCUACCUGCCUGCCAUGGAGAAACAACUGGCCAUCCUGGAUGCCCUGUAUGAAGAAUACAACCUGGAGUCAGAUGAGGUGGUCUGAGAGGAGGAGACGAGAUCCCAACUGGUGGUCUGAGAGAAGGAGACGAGAUCCCAACUGGUGGCCUGAGAGAAGGAGACGAGAUCCCAACUGGUGGUCUGAGAGAAGGAGACGAGAUCCCAACUGGUGGUCUGAGAGGAGGACACGAGAUCCCAACUGGUGGCCUGAGGGGCACUACCAGAGGAGGAAGAGAGCCCUCAGACUCAGACCAUCUGGGAUACACUGACGAAGGAGGAAGAGGAAGUGGAGGAGGUAGAAGAGGAGAGCCCGGUCUGAGCCGCCGCAGCAGAGCGGUGGCUCUGGUGUACUUGAUGUAGUGUACAGUACUUUAGACUCAGGCUCUUUUCCCUCCUGUGACUUCCAUUAUGAACAGCUGCACCAUUGGUGGCUGAGAUUGCACAAAUAUGGACUUUUACUUUAAAUUGGGGCUGAUAUUGUUAUUAUUGACAGCAUUAUUUGACAGCCUACAUAGGCUGCAUGUAAUGAACUACAUACAACACUGAAGAGUAUAAUGUAGCGGUGUUAGUAUUGAUCCCUGCUGAACUCCUACACCAAUAUACUGUAUCUACAUGGAUGACCUGCGUACCACCACCAACCCACCUCCCCCUCCCUCCAGAAGCCACCUCCCCCUCCCUCCAGAACCA